UGGUCUACUCCAUUGCGUGUGGCUUGUCUGAUUCUCUCUUCUUCCGUUCUUCUCUAUGAUUUCUAUAUAAAAACCCGGCUUGGCGGGGGGUGGCUUUAACUGCCCCACUUCUCCCGCCAUAAAUGGCCACCACCACCUCCUCCUCCUCCUCCUCGUCUCCCCCUCCGCCGCCGCAGGACCUCGCCGGCGGCGAGCAGCGGCAGCACCACCCGCUCCUCGCGGCCGCCGCCGCCGCCUCCCUCCUCGCCUUCCUCUAUCUCCCGCGGCCGCUCCUCCCGCUCCUCCUCUCCCCCGCCUCCCUCUCCUCCCUCCUCGUCCUCCUCUCCCUCCUCCGCCUCGGCUCCCCGCCGCCUCCCCCCGCGGAGGCCACCCCUCCUCCUCCUCCUCCUCCUCCUCCGCCCGAGCGAGCCGUCCCGGAGGCCGCCGAUACUCCUCCUCCCCCACCGCCGCCGACGGCGCCGACGCCGACGCCGCCCGAGCUCCCGAGCGUGUUCGUGGAGACGGAGUUCGCGUCGUCGUGGGCGGCGAAAGGGCGCGCGCUGGAGGUGAUCCACGAGGAGUUCGAGGCGGAGUGGGGGCCGGAGGAGAUGGGCCUCACGUGGACCUCCGACUCCGACUCGGACAGCUACAGCGGCAGCGACGACGACGUCGACGACUACCGCGACGGCGACGGGAUGAUCGAGAUCGAGCUGGAGGAGGACAACCUCAUCGAGAUCGACAUCUCCAAGUGCCGGUGAUGAUGGAUUGCUUACCUAUUUUGCCCGGACAAUCUUAUUAUCAGGUCUUCUUCUCUUUUUUUUUCCUUGGGGAUUUCUUGGUCCUUUGGGUUUGGUAAUUUGAUUUCUGACAAACAAAUUAAAAAAAGUGUGCUGAUUCGGCGUGUGAAUUGGAGUUCUUGAAGUUAAUUAGACGGCUUGAAUUACUGGAUUGCUGCAAUGUACAUAUAGGAUGGCGAGAUACUGAGAGUGGGAAGAAAAAAAAUGUUUGUUUGGUUCAUCUGAGAUUAUGAUAACUUCAGAAUUCAGAUCCUACUUCACAAAUUUAUAGACUGAUUUUGCAAUUGUUCGGAGUCUUGAUGAUGCUGCGUCGAUCCCAUCUGGAGAAAAAGAGCCCCAGAAAUUAUUCGUGACUGAUUGCAUUUGUGGUAGCCUACUUGGUAGGUGGAUGUAUUGGCGUGGAAGUUGGCUUGCCACAUUUGUUCAGACUUCAUAACCCAAUGCUACACAGUCAUCGACCUACUAGCAGGAGUAUGUGCAUGCCCCUUCUGCAGAAUCCAGCUCGAGAAGCAGCUGAUGGGAAUUCGGCUUCUGAAUUCUAGGUUCAUUUUCUAGAUUGUAUCUGUAGCUUCUUAGAAUCUAGCUGCACUAAUUGCCUGAUUAGAGAAGCUUUUGAUUAUGAAAGAAUUUGCUUCUACCAGAAGCUCUCCAAACAGGCACAAAAGCAGACAAGCAGUUGGUUGCAUAGUAAUUUUUGUUUUUCAGUUUAUUUUUGGCUUCUACUUAAUACUGCUGUACUACCUUCAUUUUAAAAUAUAGCUAUUUCUAGCA